AUGAAUCCAUCAACUGACGAUACAUCUGCACCACCACCACCGUACGAUCUCUCAUCAAGCUCAAACAAUUUCAACAGAGACAAGAAGACAUCUUCAGCACAAAAAUCCCCACAAAAUAUCUCCUCACCAUCCCGCACAGAAUUAGCAUGUGUCUCUCUACACAUGUCCGACCGCAUCCGCCUCCUCAACUUCCGUCCUGAACAUGUCCGAAUCAUCACCGACGUGAUUCGCGCAAACACCGUAAAAGGCGUGCCACAGGUGCGUUUAUACGAUCAAGCCACGGAGAUCAAACUUGGUGGCUAUCCCUGGAUGCGCGGCGGUACACGACCAUUACCUGAGGACAGAAUAGGGGCAAUACGGGUGAUUAUAGCUGUAUUGAAGACGUGUUAUGAUUUGGGAUGGGUAGUGCAAUUGGCUUCUGAUAUAUGGAGGAAGGGGAGUCUCGAUAAAGAUACCGUAAUAAUGCGCUAUACCCAUCAACCCCAACGACCAACAUCACACUGGCUAGGAAUCUCCUUCGACAGCUCCGACUUACUCAACAUCAUCAACGCGCCUCCAUCCCUAGGACCAGCCAUUGCCGCGCGCUUUGGAGAUAAAGUGAGCAGUCACAAAGUCGAGACACGAGGGUAUUACGAAAUCAAAUUCCAUGGGUAUCCCUGGCGUCCCUCGGGGACGGGGUGUGAUACUUGGUAUUGUUGUCGAGAUGCGGAUUACGUCGAGGGGACGGCGGUAUAUUAG